AUAAUAAUAUCUUUUUACUUUAAAAUUAACUGGGGGAUAUAUAUUCUGACCUAAUUCACGUUUUAAAGUAAGAAACAAACUGGUUCUGAAUUAACUAACGUCAGUUUAUUAACCUGACCAAAACAUUAAUAAACAGCCGAUUUCCACGAUCUUUUUAGGGUUAAAAAAUGUAUGUACCAUUGACCCCUGCCAUCUUGUAUUGAACUGAUUCAACUUGUCAUUGUCUAUCUCUUUUCUUCGUUUAAUUUUUAGCAAGUUUUUUUAUUACGUUUUGUUCCGAAAAAGGCAUAUUUUUACAGGCACUGUAUAUGAUCUCAAUUUAGUAAAUAGUCAGUUAAAAUCAUUGGAAACGUAUCAUUACUAGCGAUAUGUUUUCAUAAUUGCCAAAUUAUCGUUUUCCCUUUCACUCGUUAUCUCCCCCACCCACCCGUGUGUUCUUUGUUUUCGAUUCGUCGACGUCGAUUUCCCCUUAGCUGUUUCGCAAGCAAGCAGUACACUGUGCAGUGUAGUGCGAUACAUAGUGAGCUGUGUGUUCAAUUUUAAAGUUACAAUUUUAGUGGCAAGGACGAAAUCAACGCAAUAGCCAGCCAAAAUGGCUGCUGCUAACAAACCUUUGCAAUUUGAUAAAAUAUGUCGGGCGUGCUUACAAAUCAAGAAAGACAUGAGGCCUUUAUUCGAGCAACUUACUGCUACGAUGCUGAUGGGAAUAUCUAAAGUGCAGGUAUCCGUCGGUGACGGCCUGCCUUCUCAGCUGUGCCUUCAGUGCGUGCACCAGAUCUCCCGCUGCCACGCCUUCAAGGAGCUCGUGGAACGGAACGACGUAACUUUACGCGAGCACGCGAAAAACGUCGCUGAGGAGGCGCGUAACAAUGAGGACAAAGUCUUGGGCCUGGUGCCGGACGCCGCCCAGUACAUCCAGUACAUAGAGCUACCGAUAAACAACACGCCGCAGCUGCUGGAGGGACUGUUUGAACCACUGCCCGAGAAACAGGAGUUCGUUGAUCCCAACAAGCAGAUUGACACAUCACAGCCGAACAAAGAAGAAUCUGGCCUCAACUCAGACGAAGAAAACUACCUCCAACUAGUAGUCUUCCAAGCCACAUCAUCAGUCGCCCCAGGCCGUCACGUGUGUAACCUCUGCCACAAGGAGUUCAAACACGCACGCUGGUUGAAACUACACAUGCGGUCUCACUCUAACUGGAUCAAGGCUAAUUGCAAGAAGCCGCCGAUGUGCCCCAUCUGCGAGAGGACUUUCAAGGGUCCAGGCAUGCUGAAAAUGCACAUGCGGACACACGAGCAGCGGCCGCCCAAGCAGCCAACAUGCUCGGUCUGCCAACGGAACUUCCCCACCAAAACCCUGUUGUACAGACACCGGCAGACCCACUUUGAACAGAAGACACACCAGUGCUCAGUUUGUGAGAAAAGGUUCUACAGCGGCUACGCGCUACGGUCGCACAUGGCGCGGCACCGCGGCGAGCGGCCCUACGUGUGCUCCAUGUGCUCGAAGAGCUUCUACAACCCGACUGACUUAAAGGUACAUUUCCGCCUCCACACCGGCGAGAAGCCCCUAAAGUGCUCCGAAUGCAACAAGACCUUCCGCCGCCACUCCACGCUCUGCCAACACAUGAAGAAACACAGAGGCAUCCGUAACCACGUGUGCAAUGUGUGCAACAAGGCCUUCUACGAGGUGUCCAAGCUUAAUGCGCACAUGAGGGUUCAUACUGGUAAGCUACAGAUCCUUUAG